AUGGUUUUAAGUGACAGUAUCACCAUCUUCUGCAAAAUUCUUGGUUUUCCACACUUGGAAAUCAAGAUUAUGGGUAUCAACUGGUUUCAUAAAAAUUAUAUGUCUGAAGUAGGGGUCAAUUUUGAGUUUUUUGGAGAUCACCAAGAGGCUUUUUGACUUGGAACCAUUCUGUCUCUGUGGAGGCUGAAAAGUAGGGAUGCCUCACUACAGCUACCUGGGAUCCAGCUGGGAGAAGCAGGACAAUACCAAUGCGAGGUACUUGUCAUUCCUCAGAAGGCACAGGGAAGAGUCUGGCUACAAGUUGUGGCUUCCCCAGAGAGCAUAUUGAUUUCRGAGCAAGCCACUGUGAAACAUAAUGAAGAAAACAUAUUGUGUAAGUCAAGUGGGUUCUACCCAGAAACCAUUAGCAAAAAAAAGCGGACCCAGAAGUUUCCCUAGUACCAGGAGAUUUCUGAGGGCAUCAAUUCUGAACCCAUCAAGAAUGAGGAUGGUACAUUUGAUACUAGCAACUUGAAGCUGAAGUCCUCUCUGGAAGAUAGGGGGACCAUCUACUAGUGUGUGGUAUGGCACAUAUCCUUGCACAACCCCUAG